UGACCCCACCAGGGAGGCACUCUGCGCAGCGCCAACACCACGCCAUUCUCUUCUCUCUCUGGCCGCGGCGCGGCGGGGCGAAAGCAAAACCCUCGUCGGAAUCGACGCCGCGGCGGCCGGCGGGUUUCUGAAUUUCGAGGCUCGCUGAAGGGCGGUCUGCGGCCGGCACCGUUGGGGAUCUCGCGGCGCGGCCGUCGCUAGGAUUUUUUCAGCCACAAUGUCGACGUAUCCUGUGCUGAAUGACCAGCCAAUUGAUCAGUGGAACUUCACGGAACUGAAGGAUGAGCUCUCUAGGAGGAACUUACCUACCGAUGGCUUGAAGGAUGAUCUUGUGAAAAGGCUCUUUGAGGAACUUCAGGGUGAUAUACUUAGUGGAGAAGGGCCAGUUGGUGGAUCUCCUCCCGAUGAUGAUCUCAAAGAGGACGAAACCCCUGGUUCGGCUGAUGCAUCUGUUUGCCAGGCUGCGGUGGAACAAAAUGUUGAUGAAGGUCCUCAGGUUGCAACCCUGGAAGGAUAUCCUGUUGGUUCUGUUACAGAGGCUAGUGAGAAAAGUGCCGAUGCUACUACAGAGGUUAUUCAGGAUGCUGUAGUUACUACCGAAGAAGUUAGUCGGACAACUCUUGUUGCGGAGGCUAGUGAGAAAAGUGCUGAUGCUACUACAGAGGUUAUUCAGGAUGCUGUAGUUAGUACCGAAGAAGUUAGUCAGACAACUCUUGUUGCAGAGGCUAGUGAGAAAAGUGCCGAUGCUACUACAGAAGUUAGUCAGGAUGCUGUAGUUAGUACCGAAGAAGUUAGUCAGACAACUCUUGUUGCAGAGGCUAGUGAGAAAAGUGCCGAUGCUACUACAGAAGUUAGUCAGGAUGCUGUAGUUAGUAACGAAGAAGUUAGUCAGACGACUCUUGCUGCUGCUACUGAAGUUAGUGAUGCUCCUCUUGUUGAUAUGGCAAAAGCUGAUGAAAUUUCUCCAAGUGACGCAGUGGCAACCAACGGAGAUCACCUAGAAUCAGCUCCAAGUGGCAGUAAUGUAGUUGAGGAAGCAUCUCCACAAGCUGAUCGUCAUAGUGAGAUUAUUGCAGAGAAGGCUCCAGAAGAAGGCACCAUCAAGAAAGUGAUUGCUAAUUAUCUACCAUGUGACGUUGCCAGUACUGAUGUCAAGUUGGAUGCAACUUCUGCUAAAGACAAGUUAGAUGCUGAUAUUGUAGAGCAAGAUGCAGUAUCAUCGCCUCCAGAUGCUAGUGUUUCACAUGUUGAUCCAUUGGAUGUUGAUGCUGUUGCAGCUGCACCAGGACAAAAUGCUGAGACCCUGGUUCCUGUGAUAGAUUUGAGUGAUAAUGCUUUGAUGAAUGGCAAGGACCUCGAAGAUUCUGGGCGCACAAACAGUACCUGCAAACCAACCGUGGAAGGGACAAAAGACCAGGUAACCGAGGCCAAUCCUGUUCUAGGUUCUCAAAUCAAGUGUGUUCCGAUUCCGCAUGACAAUAUAUCAACUAAUGUAAAAGGUGACCUGAAUGCUGACAAUUCUGAUUUGGAAAUAGAGGUUAAGAGGGAUAUGGUCAAACCAGCAUGCAACAUUCCCUCCAUAGGUGAUGAUUUGCAGGCAUUGGACGAUGACAAAGAGUUGUCUAAGAACGGGACCCCAUUGCAAGAAAUAGAAUCUAAAACCAAUAUGAUCUUGGACAAGAAAGAGGACAGUCCUGAUGGCGCUUUUCCUGAAAAACUAAAUUUAGACAGGAGCUCGAUGGAGGAGGAUGUGAUGGAAAGUAAGCAUGUUGAUACCAUUAUCAGAUCUGGAGUAAAGACUGCGGUUACCUCAGACCAUGAAGAGGUAAAAGAGGUGAUCCUCUUUAAUACUGUUGCCAAUGAUUCAUCUGUGGAGACAAUGGAUAUUGUUCAUGAAGAGAAGCUAGUAACUUCAUCUGAAAAGAGGAAACUUGGAGACCAAGAAGUUGUUGCGGAUGAGCCCAUCAAACGUCAGCGCCAUGUGGAUACUCUCAAAAUUCCUAAGCAACAAACAUCAAAACUAAGUAGCUCUGAUUCUCCAAAGGUUGUGGUUCGGCCUGCUCUAAAACAUUUUGUUGGCAGGUCUGAUUCAACAGCAAGUGGAGGUUCUCAGAAAGAGCGGAUAGUGCCACUUCCUCAGAAGCCUGCAACAACUUCCUUGAGAGUUGAUCGAUUUGUGCGCCCAUUUACUUUGAAAGCUGUGCAAGCGCUUCUUGGUAGAACUGGAUCUGUUUGCAGCUUCUGGAUGGAUGAUAUCAAGACCCACUGCUAUGUUACAUACUCUUCAGUGGAUGAAGCUGUGGCUACCAGGAAUGCUGUUUACAACCUCCAAUGGCCACUAAACAAUGGCAGUUACUUAGCUGCCGAAUUUGUUGAUCCACUUGAGGUGAAGCUCAAAAUCGAACACCCUCCCCCACCGCCACCGCCUACCAGCCUCAGCAAGGAUACAACUCCAAAUGCAGCAGCCAUCCAACAAGCGGAGGCUAACCAAACCAUGCUUCCCCAUGGCACUGGUACCACAUGGGGUCUGUCACCUACUCCACAGCCUCAUACAAAGUUGUAUCCCACAUCUAACCCCAGGCCGGAAAGGGAGGUGCUUCCACCUCCUCCAAAGCAACCGGAAACAACUAUCAAGACACUUGAUGAUCUCUUCAGGAGGACACAGGCAUCUCCGAUGAUCUACUACUUGCCCUUAUCGGAGGAGGAGGUGUCAGCCAAGCUUGCAGCACGCCGCAGGCGAAAUUGGAGACGGUAAGGGACUCAAACCUGCUGCUCGCGCCCGGUAUGUUGGUGCCUUGCUCAUCUCUUAUUCAGGCACAACUGGCGUGGCCAGCGGAUUCUCUUCCCAGCGUGUUGCAGCAGUUAACAUGAAGGCUGUGGCUACUGCUUGUAAUGGUUGGUGAUAUUUUGCGAAGAAGCUUUGCACGGUCUUGGUCUUCAUAACUGAGUAGUCCUAUUGUAAAUUGAUCUAGCUCUAUUUUCGCUUGUCCGCCUGGCUGUUAACAUGCACACGUGGAUUUCGAUCACCGACUCAGUCAUCCUUUGGAUCAGUUGAGCAAUGUGUUGCGUGUAUGUUGAUGAACCCUUGAUGCUUAGGAAGUUAUGAGUCCUGCUGGUUGCUCUUGUUGCGGUAUCAAGUCAGCAUUUCUCAUGUAAUCGUGAGUUUCAGUCAUGUAUGGUUCUGAAAUUUCUUUUUGAGGGAACUUGGUCUCUUUA